AUGGAGGGGCCAAAAUCACUGGGUCCCUGUGUCUACUCCCACCCUCAAUGUCCCCCAGCCCCAGCCUCGAACAGCCAUGGAGGAUGCGUGGACCAGCCAUGCCAGGGAUGUGUAAGGUGGCCCUGCCUGCUCCCCAUUCCCUCUGUUCAAUCAGUGGAGACUGCAAGGCCUUUCCCAGCUCCAGGGGCCAAUGGUGGGGGCUCCAGGGUGGGGUUCAAAGGAUCAGAGAUCUUUCUCGCAAAAGAAGAAGGAGAGAGGCAGCAGCAGAGAGGGAGAGAGCUGUCAGGGCCGAGACAAGGAGAGGCAGAGACGGGGUUGGGGAGGGGCUGGCCUCCACACUCAGAGCGAGAACAGGAGGCCCCUAGGCAUGGGGGACCUUCCAACUUAGGACCCAGACCUGCCCCAUGCCCACCACCCCUACCACCUGGAGGAGGGACCCCAGCCUUGUCCAGGGCAGGCUCCUCAAAGCACCAGAAUGGAUCGUUGGAAGCUGCAGAACAAUCCUUCCGCCAGUUGGCACAAGAGAACCAUAGCUUGAAAAGGCAGAACCAAGAUCUUCGCGAGCAGCUGGGGGCUCUCCUGGCGCCAGGGCCCCAGUUCCUGCCCCUGUGUACACAUUCCAGCUGCACAGCUCUGACCUGGUCUCCAGAAGCAAUCAGCUCCCGGUCCCUGGAAGAGAGGGGACCUGUGCAGCUAGUACGGCAGGAGCUCUGUCGGGGUGAAGAGGCUUUCGUACAGCAGUCCCAGAAUGAACUGCAACAGAUUCGACUGUCCUUUGAGAGGAAGAAGAUGGCUAUUACUGAGGUGUGGGAUGGUGUGGCUGAAGUACACAUGGCCCUGAACAAUCAGGCCACCGGACUCCUGAACCUCAAGAAGGACAUUCGGGGUGUGCUAGAUCAGAUGGAGGACAUUCAGCUAGAGAUUCUGGGGGAGAGGGCCCAGUGCCGCUCUCAGGCCAGGAAGGAGCAGCAAAAAGCAUGCACAGCGAAAAAGAGACCGAAGCUGGGAUGUUCCGAGGGUGUCAAGGGCCAGAUCUGGCUGCUGGCCCUGAGGCUGCUGCUGGGUGCCCUGCUGGCCUGCACUGCUGCUUACGUGUACGUGGUGGACCCCACACCCUUCGAAGGGCUGGUACCGCCCUUGCUGAGCAGAGCUGCUGUCUGGAAACUCCGGGCCCUGCUGGGCCCCUUCCUGCACCUCGAAGUGGAUGACUUCCUGCCGUUCUAG